ACACCGUCGUAAAGCAUUUGGGUAACAAUAUCACAUCAUCUAGGCGUUUGUUGUCUUUACACAGCAGCGAAAACCUAGCGUUACCGACUUUAUUCAUUAUUUGAAUAUCCCGGUUGUUUCAACUCACUUCGGUGCAAUUGUUUACAUAGAGACUCGCAUCAGCUGGGGAAUUCCAUUUACAGCGCGCAUGCGCAGCAAUUGAGGCCCCUUGAAGGUAACUAUCAGUUAAAUGAUACUCGUAUUUGCAGACGAUGUUUUAAAAAUAUCCACAGAGUAAUAAAAUAAAACAGUGAAAGUCAGGAAAAAAUCACCAUGUCCAAUUAACGACCAACAAUUACACGACCUUAAAUUAUCGAUUAAAAAUAGGAACCAAAAUGAACGGAGAUUUACCUCCUAUACCGUAUACAGUACGUAUCUAUUGUUAAUACAUAUUUAGCACAAAGAGAAAGACAGUAGAUAUGGUGUUCGAGUGGUUAAGGCGUUGGACUUGCAAUUUUAAAGUGCGGGAUCGAUUCCUACUCACGUCAUUUUUUUUUUUAAUUUGUUAAUUAAACUGAAAGUUGUUAUUUUUUAAACUUGUUAAUUAAACUGCAACUGAAAGUUGUUAUUUUUUAAACUUGUUAAUUAAACUGAAAGUUGUUAAUUUCCUUUUUAAAAACAUUUUUUCAGUCGGCUCAGAACGUCCCGUUGGACACAUUAUUUUCUUUUUUUUAAGGUUUUGCAAACGUUCCUACGAAUGAGCUGAAAACUCCUAUCUGUUGAAUUCUUAUCUUAAUCUUAGGUCAAGAACAUGCCAAAGCAAUACACCGAGGACCAACUUAAGCUGGCAUUGUCAGCAGUCCGGCAAAAGAAAAUGAAAAUAAAGACGGCUGCUCGGCUUUACAAUGUGCCGAAAUCUACUUUAUUUGAUAAGGUGAAGGGAACAUACAUCGGCAAACAGCGGGGACCGGCGAGGCAGCUUCUCCCUGAUGAAGAAGAGUCUCUGGUUCAGUACUUACUGUACAUGGCUAAUCAGGGGUUCCCGUUGACAAGGGCCAUGAUGAGAUGUUAUAUUCAAGAAAUAGUUCUUCACUCAGGUCGAGAAACGUUAUUCAAUAUACAGAAGGGCCCAUCUGAUGACUGGUUUGUGAAGUUUUUUAGUCGCCAUCCAAACCUAGCACAAAGGAAACCGGAGAAUAUGGAUAAAGCUAGAGUGUCCAUGUCUUCAAAAAAGAUGCUUGACGAGUUCUUUCCCUUUCUAGAAGGUGUACUGGAUAAAUAUGGAAUACGAGACAAACCUCACAGGAUUUUCAACUGUGAUGAAACAGGAUUCACAGGGAAAGAAGCUCCACGGGCAAAAGUAAUCGGACCCCGCGGAGGACACCUGUUCAGACGUAAAACAGUUUCUGCUGACCAUGUGACAGCUCACCUAUGCGUUUCAGCAGAUGGACAUUUUUUACCACCUGCAAUAAUUUACAAGGGAUCAUUACCACAUCAGCACUACAAAGACAGCGUCCCAUCCUCAUGGCACUUCGGUCACAGUGAAAAUGGCUAUAUGGACCGUGAUCUUUUUCACAAAUGGUUUGUCAACGUGUUUGUCCCUAACUGCGGCAGAGAGAGACCCGUAAUACUUGUAAUGGACAACCAUGACUCUCAUAUAAGUAUCGCUGUCAUUGAGAAGGCAAUAUCAGAAGGUAUUGUGCUUCUUGGUCUGCCUGGGCAUUCCACUCAUAUCCUGCAACCUUUAGACGUCAAUAUUAUAUCACCGCUGAAAGACGCGUACACGAAAGUGGCAGCCGGUCUUGGCUACAUAAAUACCGCUGUCAGUGUUGGGAAAGCCAAGUUUCCGGUCGUCUUAAAGCAUGCAAUGGACAAGAUUGCGCCAGCUACCAUAGUCAACGGUUUCGCUAAAACUGGCAUCUGUCCGUUCAGUCCUUCUGUGAUAGACACGUCACAGAUAGUAGAACCGACUUUCAGAGACGACGCAAACGGAGGACCAGAUGAGCCCGAGGUGAGGACCUGUGGUACCUGUGGGUCUUACAUUACUAACCCAUUGGUGAGAAGAGGACUCAUUUCAAAUUCACUGGCAAACAUUCUGGUACCCCCUCCCACAAAACCACAGAAUAAACAGCAGAAAAGAACACGGGUUGUAGCCGAGGGCAGACUUAUCAGCGGCAAUGAUAUGCUGAGUCAGCUAAAGGAGAAGGAAGAACUUGCUGAAAAAAAGAAGAGUGAAUCAGAAAAAAGGAAAACGGAAAUGGAAAUGAAAAGAAAACUGAAAGAAGAAGAUGAUAGGAUGAAAAAGAUAAAGAGAAUGAAAGAAAAAGAAGAAAGAGAAGCUAGAAAGCUAAAGGACAAAGAAAUGAAAAGUAUUAGGAAACAGAAAAAAAAGGAAGAGCAAGAACGAAAACAGAAGGAGAAGGUGGACCUUAAGAGAAAACGUCUAUUUACUGAGGAGCAGAUCAUGUCAGCGAGCAUGUAUGUAUGUGGCGACUGUAAAGAGAAGGGGAGGCCAGAUGAUGAGAUUAACGGCAUUCUUUGGUUCGGCUGCGACGAAGAGACAUGUGGAUUAUGGUUUCAUGAGCAUUGUCUGACACAACAGGCCAAGGAAUAUCUUUGGGAAAGUUUAGAAAAUGGGGAGGAGUGGUUUUGCCACAGGUGUAAGCCGUGGCUUUACGAGGAGUAGACUUGAUUGUUGAAUUCCAUAUCUGUGAUAUUCAGUUUGAGCCAGUUUUAAUGAUAUCAUAUGAAUAUAAAUUUUAACCUGUG